UCUCUCACUCUCUCACUAUUUGGCUCUCUCUAUCUCUCCGGUUCUCUCUUUCUCUCUCUCUCUCUCAUCCUCUCUGAUUUGUAGUGCAUGGUGCAUGUUCCUUAGUUCUCUCCUCCACUCCUUCUCUUCCCCGCCCCCUUUCUUUUUCUCUCUCUCCUCAGUGCAACAUCCUGGACUUAAAAUCCUUCGCUCCGACUCCAGCAGCUCCAUCUCAUCUCGUCUAGUGACAGUCACUCCUGGCUAUUUCUGCUGCAGAGCUCGGGGGCGUACCAAUCUGGAGCUGCGGGAGAAGUUCAUCCUUCCCGAGGGGGCCACGCAGGGCCUGGCGGCGUUCCGCUCGCGGGGCCGCCGCUCCAAGCCUUCGUCCCGCAACGCGUCUCCGACGCGCUCCUCUUCCUCGGCUUCCCAGAGCGCCCAGAGUUGUGCCUCUCUGCCCUCUGCACCCGCCACCCCCACCGCCUCCUCCAGGUCGUCCCAAUCUCACUCGCGGGGCUACGCCAAGCCCUGGCUGGCACACAGUAAAACGCCAACACCCACCAAGUGCCAGUCCUGUCCAGAUCACACUGCCCACACCCCAGGGCAAGAGGGAGCAGCAUCGUCCAAACUACGGCGUCCGGCAUUCCACUCCAGCCGCGGGUCACUGACGGGGGAGAACGGAGGAGCCACACCUGCAUCCAAGGGACGCCCAGACUCCAAGCGCACCCCGUCCUCCGCCAGCGGACCGGCCAGCCGGGCAGGGAGCCGCGCCGGGAGCCGCGCCAGCAGCCGGAGGGGCAGCGACGCGUCGGACGCCUCGGAGCUCCUGGAGACGCGCUCGGCCUGCUCCGACACCUCGGACACGCCGCGCCGGCCCGGCAGCAGCAAGCCCUCCAAGAUCCCCACCAUCUCCAAGAAGGCGCCCAGCCCCAAGACGCCCGCCGGGAAGAAGUAGCAGGGGGCGCCACUCUUUCAGUCCCAACCCCGAGAGAGGGACAAGCAAGGCCCCCCAGCACAUACACUUCAACAAGUACACACACACACACACACGCAAUGCGCCGCGAGGAGGAUAGCCAGCUACGGUGGCCCGGAGAGUUCAGCACACACAAGGCCGGGGCCAGACAUCCGUGAACUGUUCCCCUAACCAGACCCAGUCUGCCCCCCCCUCCCCUCACCCUCUCCUCCUCCACUCAUGCGGAAGACGGGGAGAGGAUGCUGCUGCUCCGUGACACCCCCCCGCCCGCCGCUCUGAACGGUAGAACCACAGGAUGCUGCCUUAUUUGUGUCUCUCAUUGUCCUUACUUUUGAUCCGUCGUCCUUACUUAACACCUUACACACCUUUUUUUUUGGUUUUUGUUUCCCCUUUGAGCGGGUUACUAAUUCUUCAGCACAUGCACUUGGACUAUCUGCCUGUCACACACAGACACACACACACACACACACAGCAACACACACAACUGUACACUACCCUACAGCACAACUGGUCCAGGACUAUCCGGGGUAGAGGGAAGGACAGUGGGUGAUCCUCUGUUUGACCGAUUGAUCCAUUAACUGGCUGAUCCAGAGGACUGGAGUCUUGGUGUGUGACCAGCAUCUGAAUGCAAAGACCCAUUGCAGGACUACAGAACCAGGGAGGAGAAGUACCUCACACCACAGGGACAUGACAGGGUCCAUUAUAUAUCCAUAUGGUGGUGUUGUUACUGAGUUAUGUGGAAAAAAAACAAACAAACAAGAAAACAAAAACAAUGGACAGAUGCACUUAAGCUGGGGGUUUUGUGGGAAUCUGUGCACAUGGCUUAACACAGCAUACAUACACACACACACACGCACACACACUGAGUGUUCCAAAACCCUGUCGUGAUCAGACUGAAGCAACAUGUUUCCCAUGUUUCCCAACGUUCCAAUCGUGUGUGUGUGUGUGUGUGUGUGUGUGUGUGUGUGUGUGUGUAUUCGGUUGUGUUCAAACCAAACUCCAGAAGCCCAACAGACUGCGCCCCCCUGUCUCAUAGACACACAACGGGGACAACACACACGCCGCCAUUCACCUUUGACCCUCCGGUGUUGUCAUGGUAACCCAUGUGCUCAUGUGUUUGUUUUAACUCUGCUUCCUCCUCACAAGUUACAGAAAUGUCUUUUAAUGUUGUUACGUCACUUCACAGUAUGCAAAAAUGAAUUAAUUGUUAAUGUCUCUUUUUUUUCCUGAUUAAUUUAUAAUCCUAUUGUAUUUGUUUCUGUUCCUUCCUCUAGUAUAAGAAAAUGUGUAUUUAUUUUUCCGUACAGGAUCAUAUCACCUUUUGAGAGUGACUAGUAUUAAAACAACUCUGAUAAUAAUGAUGAUGAUGACGAUGAUAAAGACUUUUUAAAAACCCAGGAGACUGCCUCUCCUAGAGUAGUUUACUUGAUCAUGUUUUUUUUUGUGGUUUAACUGACAAGGAAGUUGACCGAUUCCAGUGGUGGCCUUCUUCACCUAUGACUACAAAUCCCAGAUCCUGUCUAAAAGUGGCUUCCUACUGUGUGUAGGUACAACAGCAUCUUGAGACAUGAAUGAGGAGGACCUCAGGGGGGUGAUGGGAUAGCGUUGGGGCUCUGCUCGACCCCCACCCGACCCCCUCAGCUGCCUCCCCUUGAUAGGCUCUUCAAAUUGUCUUCGUCGUUGACAAACAUUGCUCCUCCGUUUGUCAUUAAUGAGAAAUGUAUGGCAAGUCUGAGAGUGAGCAAUACCUUAAGGUGGUUCGUAUUUAUUUAUUGUUCCUAGGAAGGAAGGAGGAGCUAUCGAAGGGAUCUACCUUUUGAUUGUGUCACUGUCUGUGUAACAUGAAAUUGAGGGGGGGGGGUGACAUUGUGUAAAAGAAAAAAAAAUAAGAUUAUAAAACCUUUUUUUGUUCUUUUGUAUUAAAAUAAUGCUUGCAGUAAAAUAUCA